AUGUUGAGGUCAAUCCACCCUUUAAGCUUCAGCGCGCCUUGCCUUGGGGGGAUCUUGGUCAUAUCAGAUCCUCCCACUGACACAUCUCUGGAAUCGUCUUUAACUUCGAGGUCUCGCUCUUUCUUUUCUGGUCGUCGCAGCAUAUUUAUCAUGUCGUCGGCACACGCUCCUAACUUCUCUGAUAAUGCUGAGUCGACGGGGAUGCUGUGGAUUCAUGUUGCGUUCCCGUUGACUUUCAUUGCGGGCGUUCUUGUGGGAAUUCGUUUCUGGUGGAGGUAUAGCCAGACUGGUUCUGUUGGGAAGUCUGACUGGUGUGUUCUUGCUGCGCUGGUAAAUGCAUUUAUCCAACUAGCUCUUGGAGCCGUUGCAAUGCUUCGGUGGGGUUUUGGCCACCACGUUCAGUACCUGAUCAAGCAUAAUGGCAUCAAAUAUGUUCAGAUGUCGGGCAUGUACUUCUACAUCUACCAAAUCUUCUACAAAAUGCUCGUCUCCUUCACCAAGCUCUCCUUCCUCUACCUCUACCUCGACAUCUUCACCGGCCACCCCCGCUUCCGCACCAUCUGCCAGCUAACAAUCUACUCCGUCUGGGCGGCCCUCAUCGCCUUCACCCUCGCCACCACCUUCCAAUGCGAUCCCAUCAAGUUCAACUGGAACAAUACCAUCAAGGGCGGGCACUGCUUCAAGGCCUCGCCCUUCUGCUACGCCCACGCUGGCUGGAACACCGCUUUUGACAUCUUUGUCUUUCUGCUUCCCAUUCCCGUCAUCCGCAGUCUACAAAUUGGACGGAACCAAAAAGCCGCCUUGAUGGGCGUUUUCAUCCUCGGAGCCUUUGUCUGCAUAACCUCCGUCAUGCGCGUAAUCUUCCUCGACAUCGCCGCCAAAACCGUCGCCGACGAUAUAACCUUCAGCACCAACCGCGCCUUCCUCUGGACACACAUCGAGUCCUGCGUCGGCAUCAUCAGCGCCUGCCUCCCCACCCUCAAAGCGCCCAUCUGGCGCGUCCUCCCCAAACUCUUCCCCUCGUCCUGGCCCAGCCGCGACCGCUACAAUCUCAAGGACGUGACGAAGGGGUCUGCGGCAGCGGCGGGGAAUGGGGGGUUGAAGGAUGGCAGUGUAUUGGAGGGGAGUAGGGCGAGGGAUUCGGAUGGGGAUACGCAGGGGAGUCAGGAGCAGAUUAUGGGGAUUAAGAAGACGGUUGAUGUGAGGGUUGUGAGGGGAGAGGGGGUGGAGGAGGAGGAGCAGCAGCGGAAGCGGAGGGUAAGGAGGGAUCGGUUUGGGGAGGCGGUGUAG